AUAUCUACUUAAAUCCCCUUCCAUGGCUCCCCCAUACCGCAGGAUCUGAAUCCCAAGUGUUCCUAGAUUUGUUCUUUCCACUGCGAUUUGUUCAUCUUUUUUCCAUUGAAUUAUUACCAUUAUUAUCAGCCAAUGAUGAUAAAUCUUUAAGGCUUGUUUCUCAAAACAUUCGCAGUGGCCGCCUAAGUGCUUUCGCCUUUCGCCGGGCUUGAGAGCGCAUGCUGCUUUCGUCCUUCCCUGGAUGUCUGAGGCUUUUUGAAUUCUCUCCGUUUUCUUUUCUGUUUUUGUUUUCAGAAAUUCUUCGUUAUUGUUUCUGCGUUUUCAAUUUGAAGAUGUUUUGAUUCGUUUUUAUCAGAUCUUAUGUGCUUAAGUUAAAUGGAAUGGUGUGAUGAUGAUGAAGAAAUGAAAGGCUUGUUUCUCCGAACAUUCGCAGUGGCCGCCUAAGAGCUUUCGCCUUCGCCGGUCUUGAGAGCUUAUGCUGUUUAUGUCCUUCCUCGGAUGUCUGAAUCGCAUCUUUCCUUUUCACUUUUUCUAAUUUUUGUUCGUUCUUCAGAGAUUUUCUGAUUAAGCUCUGCAAUGGAGAUAUGGAGGCAGUGAUGAUUAAACCAAUUGUCCUUUGGUACAUUGACCCAUACGGGCCCCACUUGAGGUUGCGUAUCCAAAUUCCCCCCCUCUCUCUCUCUCUCAUUUCGCUGUUAAAAAUCCUCGUUGACUGUAACGUUCCCCUCUCUCUCUAGCCUUAGACUUCUGCGGGAAGCCUCGUGCCGGAGACAAUUCCCGGCGAAGGAUCCGUUUCUACUCCGGCGGCGUCCGGAGCUCUGCUGCGGAAUUGGGGUGUAGAUUUUUGAAAGCUCGAGCUUGAAGAUUUUGCCUCUUCCUGGUAUUUGAUUUAAGCAAUGAGGUGCUGAGAUUAGUUGUUCUUCAAUGUUUGCUAUGCGAAAAGCUCAAAAUAUUAAAGACUUGACUGCAAUUUGUUGGACAGUCGCUUGAAAAGUAGAGUAUUAUUUUUCUUCAUAGAGUCUAUGAUGAAGAGGUUGAGGUCUAGCGAUGAUCUUGAUUCGUAUGGAGAGAAGGUUGUGCCGAAAGAUUGGGGAAGGAGGGAGGAGGAUUCCAGUUUGCAUCGAUCCUCUUCACACCAAAGCUUUUAUUACAAGUCUGAGAGUGGUAGGAAGGGGAUGCCUUCAUCAUCGUCGUCUAGGUAUGAUCGGUCAGAUGAUGAUAGAGACAAUUUGAGAUCUGUUAGAAAGCGGUCAGAAUUUGAUGCUGACAAUUAUGAUAGACGGAACAACUAUGACCGGUACAGCUAUGGAAACGAGCGAGGGGUCCCGAGCUCUUCUUCCCCUAAGGGAGGGUAUAGUGCAGAACGUUUUCAUCGGUCUGAAAGCUUUUCUGCAACACGGAGGGAAAUUCCGAAAGGAUUUAGAUCAGAGAGGGACAGGUCCCGGAGAGAGGGGAGUGUGUCAUCCUGGCGCAAGAUUGGUUCUGGAAAAGAUGGUGAUGAAGUGAAUAAAUGCAGCGGUGAGUUAGUUGGAGAAACUCAAACUGAAUCAGAUGACGGUUUUAGGGCAAAGUCUCCAACAGGGCUUAGAGAUGCUGGGAGUGAACAAUCAAGGAGUAUAGAGAUCAAAAGAGCCGAAAAUAUGCAAGUAAAUAGCAGUGGCCAGAGUAGUGAGAUGGAAGAGGGAGAAUUACAACCUGAUCCUCAUCCAUUAACUGGCACAGAGACUGCUGUUCAAAGUGAAACUCCUCCUGGGUUGAACUCAUCAAUGAAGCAGCUUAACCAUGAGAAUCAGAUGCAAGGUAAGGAAUUAGAGGAUGAUAAAAAUCUGUUACUUGCAGAAAAGAUUGGAUCUAAUAAGGCGUGCUUGACUGGAGUGGAGUCUGAAGAGAAGCAGUCUGAAAAUGCCCAUUGUAUGCUGAAGGAAGUUACGGAUUUACCUGAUGGCAAGAGUGGUUUUUUGGGGACAACUGGGAAUGAAGAUACAAAUGUGAAAGAAAUUGAUAAAAUUGACAAGGUUGUGAAUAAUCAUGACGAAAGUACCUCUUCUCAGAAAGAAAUUCUAGUCAUGCUUUCUGAGAAGUCUUCGCCAUCAAGAAAACCAGAUGAAAAGAAGUGUAUUUAUCCUGAGGAUAUAUCAGAUCACAUCAAGUUAGCUAAGGUUGAGAAAGAAACUGGAGCCUCUGAAGCUGUUUUGUCUGCUGCGCAGGACGAUAGAAUCCAAGCUGCCAAGGACAAGGGGAAAAGUGUGACAAUUACAAGUUUUCCUGCAGCUGCAUUCAGGUUUGAAGGAGAUUCAAUGGGGCAUGCAUCUUCUAGGGACUUUGAUAUGGGAAUGCCUAGUGCAAGAGGUCUGGAUCUGUUCUCAUCUGGUCCAGUAAAGAAACCCGACGAAACAGAUCAUUUGAGCACUCACAAGCCCAAGGAUGAGAAUAAGCUUGCUCUGGAGCCUCUUGAUCUUUCUCUUAGUUUGCCAAAUAUAUUAUUGCCCAUUGGUGCAAAAAAUGCAGUUGACCCUCCUGGUUCUCCAAGUCAAGCCAGGAGCUUCCAAUCAUAUGAUAGCUCAUUUCGAACAAACUCUGAUGGGUUUACUAUGUCUAUGUCCUUCUCGGGAUCACAACACUUCACACACAACCCGAGCUGCUCUUUAACACACAAUUCAAUUGAUUAUGAGCAAUCUGUUAAGAGUAGACCCUUAUUUCAAGGCGUGGAUUGGCAAGCCCUUGCUUCAAACGAGCAGAAGGACACUGAACUUCAAAUAUCUCAAACCAUUUUAUCAAAUGGUGCUGGUGUUCAACGACAGUCCCAAUCAUCUGCAGGAAAUUCAACCGGUCAACCCGUGGCUAAGCAUCUUCGUGCUCUGGAAGAAAACUCAAGAACACCUGUUGUACUGGAUCAUCAACUGAGUUUUAAUAGACAUGUAUCUGGUACACGGUCUCGUUAUAUGAAUGGUGCCAGAUCAUCACCUCCACGGAGUGUUGGAUCAUUUGAAACUGGAUCAGAUUACACUAUAGACAAGAAGCAUGCCUUGAGGGAAAAAGAUAACAGUUUUUUACGCAGAUCCAAUCACAUUGAUGAGAAAGAACAUGGAUUAACAGCGGAAGCUGACUUUACCGAAUCAAUUAUAACGACAAUGGUCUCCGAACCUUUGCAUGUGACUUCCAGGAGAUUUAGUGAAAUGCCUGGUCAACAUCUGGUAUCUUUGAAAGAGUAUGUUAAUGACAUAAUAUCAAAUCCGGGAAAGCAGUGGCAGCUAACAACUCUUCGAAAAGCACUCCAGAAGAGGACUGAUGCUACCUCAGAGACACUAAUGAAUUUACACCGAACUCAAUUGGAGAUAUUGGUAUCUCUUAAAACUGGCCUUCAAGAAUAUCUGCAACAAAGUUAUGACAUCUCAUCAUCUGUUUUGGCAGAGAUAUAUCUGAACUUGAGAUGUAGAAACGUCGCAUGCCGAAGUCUCCUUCCUGUGGAUGAUUGUGACUGUAGAGUUUGCUCCCAGAAAAUUGGUUUCUGCAGUGCGUGCAUGUGUCUUGUGUGUUCCAAGUUUGAUAUGGCUUCUAACACAUGUAGUUGGGUUGGAUGUGAUGUGUGUCUGCACUGGUGUCAUGCGGACUGUGGGCUUCGUGAAUCUUUUAUUAGAAACGGGCGAAGUGCAUCUGGGGCCCAUGGUGGUACGGUAGAGAUGCAGUUUCAUUGUGUUGCAUGUGAUCAUCCUUCUGAGAUGUUUGGCUUUGUCAAAGAAGUUUUUCUGAACUUUGCCAAGGACUGGAGUGCAGAAACACUUUCCAAGGAACUUGAAUAUGUGAGAAGAGUUUUCUUUUCCAGUGAAGAUGUUAGAGGCAAGAGGUUACAUGAGAUUGCCAUUCAGAUGCUGACCAAGUUAUCGGUUAAGGUUGACCUUCAAGAAAUUAAAAACCAAAUCAUGCAAUUCCUGUCUGAAGCAGAGCCAGUAAGGUCCGGGAAUGCGCCAAUUGUCCCAAGAAAGGAAUUAGAGAGCACAAGCCGCGAAUUGAAUAACCGAAUAGUGGGAUCCAGUAGCUAUGGACCAGUGUGGUCAAAGAGUCACUAUUCCGAAAAGUGCCCUCCCUUGGAGAAGUCUGCGGCUUUACCUUCAAACUACGAGUGCAAUCGGAAUGACAAACCGGUCCUGAGCCCAGCUUUACAGACAAGUCUUAUGAUUCCAAAAGAACCGGUCUUUGAUGAGCUGGAGAGCAUUGUGAAAAUCAAACAGGCAGAGGCCAAAAUGUUCCAAUCGCGCGCUGACGAUGCGAGGAGGGAAUCGGAUGCCCUGAAACGAAUCGCAGUUACAAAGAGCGAAAGGGUGGAAGAGGAAUUCGGGAGCCGGAUCGCAAAGCUGCGUUUGGCUGAGGCGGAGGAAAUAAGGAAGCAGAAAUGGGAUGAGCUCCAGACAGUGGAAAGAUCCUAUCAUGACUAUUUCAAUAUGAAGAUGAGGAUGGAAUCAGACAUCAAAGAUCUCUUGUUGAAAAUGGAAGCUACUAGAAGGAAUCUCUCUAUGUAACAGGUUAUUGCUUGUAGUUUGUACCAUUAGUUUUCUUUACUUUUUUAUUAUUAUUGUGCUGACAAGAAUUUGUAUAGAUGAGGAGGUUGAUACACUGCUAUCUAAUUCAAAUACUAUUCUGCAGCAGAAAUGUCAAUUGUGCCCUUGUGUUUUCACCAUCCUAACACCUUUUUUUUCUUUCCUUCUUUUUGGCGAAUAGAUACUAUGUGUAGAG